CCUCUUAUCUCCUGAUAAGACAUAUGGUAUGGAAUCACUCUGCACAUGCUCAGUUUGGUGUGUAUUGCUAGAUAGGAGAGGUUUUUAUUUUCUUGGGAGAGUGCAUGUGCUUAGCACUGGGCCAAUCAGCACUGUCCAGACAGAGGUCAGAGGUUCUGCAUCCUCCUAGAGAAAACUCCUCCUACAAGCUUUAACCAGUGCUCAGCUGAAGUCACAAGACUGCUCUAACUGCUGAUGAGAAAAGGUAUUUAGCAGUUUAUAUUUACUAAAAUAAUUGCAUUUCCAUGUCAUGUGUACUGUGGGAGACCAGAUAUAGUGAAUGCAGGAUCCUGG